AUGUUCACUCUUGGAGAGAUUCAUGAGCAUUUGCUCAUUAACGGUAUUGAUAAGUCAUACACACAUUGGAUUUUUCACGGUGAAAGUCUUGCGAAAAGUAACGAGAAACCAUCAUCAUCGACGUUUGAUGAUCAAUCCGAUGAUGAGUAUCCUAGAAUGGAGGAACUUGUUAAUGAUGCAUUUAGAAAUAUUGGAGAACAUGCUGAUACUCUUAUGGAUGAUCUUAGAAAUGAAAAUUGUCAUGAAGACCUUGAUGCAGAAAGAUAUAAGGCUUUAUUUGAUGAUGCAAGACAAUCUUUGUACCCUUCCUGCCCUAGAGAACUCAUAAAAUUAUCGGUUACUGUUGAGUUGUAUAGUUUAAAGGCACGUAAUGGUUGGUCGGAUAACAGCUUUAAUGAUCUUCUUCAAUUGGUUAAGAAGUUGUUACCAGUGGAAAACACGUUGCCAGUGAGCACAUAUCAAGCGAAAAAGAUGAUCAACUCAUUGGGAAUGACUUAUGAGACUAUACAUGCAUGUCCCAAUGAUUGUAUUAUUUAUUGGAAAGAGUAUAAAGAUAGACAAAAUUGUCCAACAUGUCAUACAUCGAGAUGGAGGUCAGAUUACUUGGCAAAGAAAAAAGGCGUUAGAGUUCCAUCAAAGGUUUUGAGAUAUUUUCCUUUAGCACCAAGGCUACAGAGGCUAUACAGUGUGCCAUGGAUAGCGGAGCAAAUGACUUGGCAUUCUCAACCGAAAGAAUAUAGUGGUGUUAUGCGGCAUCCGUCUGAUUCAUCAAGUUGGAUGGUAAUAAAUAACAAGUGGCCAAGUUUUGCUGAAGAAUUCCGUAAUGUGCGUUUAGGGCUUGCGACUGAUGGAUUUAACCCAUUUGGACAUCUUAGUAGUGCCUACAGUUGUUGGCCUGUCAUUAUAGUGCCAUAUAAUCUACCCCCUUCGAUGUGUAUGAAAAGAGAAUUUUCAAUGUUAACGGUAUUGAUACCAGGUCCAAAAGGACCAAGUAAGGACAUUGAUGUCUACCUACAACCGUUGAUUGACGAGUUGAAGAAUUUGUGGCUUAAUGGAGUGACAACAUAUGAUUCUCAUUUAAAGACAAUUUUUAAUUUGAAAGCCAUUUUAAUGUGGGGAAUUCAUGAUUUUCCUGCAUAUGGGAGUUUAUCAGGAUGUGUUACACAUGCACAAUAUGCUUGCCCUGUUUGUGCCGAGGGAACCGUCGCUGAACGACUUAAGAGUGGCAAGAAGUACUCCUAUCAGGGCCAUCGAAGAUUUCUUCCUAUUAAUCAUGUUUUUAGGACUCAAAAAGCGGCAUUCAAUAAUAAAGUGGAAGAAGGAAGACCUUCUCAUCGAUUAAGUGGUUCAGAGGUUGAAGCGAAGGUAAUCGGUAUUCAGAUGGAUAUCGGUAAAUCGAAGGGGAAGAAACGAAAAAGUUACGGUGAUGAUUCGACUGGGAAUAUAACUGCUUGGUACAAAAGAUCGAUCCUAUUCGACUUGCCAUAUUGGAAGGAGUUACCAGUUCGGCAUAACUUGGAUGUAAUGCAUGUUGUAAAGAAUGUUGGUGACCAUCUUUUGUCGACGAUUCUAGAAGUCAAAGAUAAAACUAAGGAUGAUAUAAGUGCAUGCGAAGAUUUGAAAAAAAUGAACAUAAUGAAAGACUUAUGGCUGAAAGAAGCGGAUGGCAAAACUAUUAAACCAAAGGCACCAUUUACUUUAAGUUGCAAGGAGAAAUAA